CACACAAUAUACUUGGGUAUCCGGAGUCGACGGAGUGGAGAGAAUGACAGAUGGCGGUUUUAUUGGAAAAUGGUGUAUGAGUAUGCAGAUGUGAGUAUGCUGCAUUUGCUAGCCACGUUUCUGGAAAGUGCACCACAGCUGGUCCUGCAGCUCUGUAUUGUUGUACAGACUCGUACACUCCAGGCUCUGCAAGGUCUUACUGCUGCAGCAUCUCUCGUAUCCCUGGCUUGGGCUUUGGCUUCCUACCAAAAGGCCCUCCGUGACUCCCGUGAUGACAAGAAACCCAUCAGUUAUAUGGCUGUUAUAAUCCAGUUUUGCUGGCAUUUCUUCACAAUUGCAGCAAGGGUCAUUACUUUUGCUCUCUUUGCCUCGGUUUUCCAGCUGUACUUUGGGAUUUUCAUCGUGCUGCACUGGUGCAUCAUGACCUUCUGGAUUGUCCACUGCGAGACAGAGUUUUGCAUCACUAAAUGGGAGGAGAUAGUUUUCGACAUGGUGGUUGGGAUAAUCUAUAUCUUCAGCUGGUUCAAUGUCAAGGAAGGAAGGACACGCUGUAGGCUUUUCAUUUACUAUUUUGUGAUCCUUUUAGAAAACACCGCCUUGAGUGCUCUCUGGUAUCUGUACAAGGCCCCACCAAUCUCUGAUGCAUUUGCCAUACCAGCACUGUGUGUAGUGUUCAGCAGCUUUUUAACAGGCAUUGUUUUUAUGCUAAUGUACUAUGCCUUCUUUCACCCCAAUGGACCAAGGUUUGGGCAGUCGCCAAGCUGUGCUUGUGAGGACCCUGCCGCCGCCUUCACCCUACCCCCAGAAGUGGCCACAAACACUCUACGGUCCAUCUCCAACAACCGGAGUGUCACGAGCGAGCGGGAUCAAAAAUUUGCGGAGAGGGAUGGGUGCGUGCCUGUGUUUCAGGUGAGACCCACCGCACCAUCCACACCUUCAUCCCGGCCACCAAGGAUUGAGGAAUCUGUCAUUAAAAUCGAUCUGUUCAGGAACAGGUACCCAGCGUGGGAGAGACACGUGUUGGACAGGAGCCUGAGGAAGGCGAUCUUAGCAUUUGAAUGUUCCCCUGCUCCUCCACGGCUACAGUAUAAAGAUGAUGCCCUUAUCCAGGAGCGCUUGGAAUAUGAAACCACAUUAUAA